CUUUCAAUGCGUUGCAGGCCAUGACCAAUGUUGAGCUAGAGCAUCCUGCGCUGUCGCAGUUGCAUCAGCUGUUGGUGGUGGAAGAGAACUAUCAGGCGAGCGAGGCUCUACUGCGACAGAUGGCCGCGGAGAAUAUAUUCGAACAGUAUAUACAGAAGGUGAGUGUAUGCAAACAGUAUAUGAAGAAGGUGAGUGUAUUCAAACAGGAUAUGGAGAAGGUGAGUGUAUGCAAACAGUAUAUAAAGAAGGUGAGUGUAUGCAAACAGUAA